GUUGUCUCAAUUUUGCAGAAGAACUUGGGGGUCGCAAGCAAAGGAAAAAGCUCACGGUUAGAUAAUUGCGCGGGAAAGUUUUCAAUUCCUCAAAACUCAAAUGAAAGCGAAACUUGCAUUUAGGGUUUUGUUUUUACUCACAUUCCACCUCUUUCAAGCUCUCAUGUUUAAUCGUAAGAUACUUAGGGGAUUUUUAUGUCAUAACCAGAGGAAGAUAAAUGGUUUGAGUUUGGGUUUUUGGUUGGGAAUGAAAUAAAUUAGGGUUUCUGGAUGAGAAUUAAUUCGAAGCGGAAGAAAAAUUGGGGUUUCUGGUUUAUAUGAGUCUGAAACAGUAGGGAAAUUAGGGUUUCUGGCUGGAAGCAUAACGAAAGUUAGGUUUCUGAAUGAGAUGAGUUUGAAGCAAAAGGAGAAAUAGAGUUUUUGGUUGAGAUGAGUAAGCAGAAGGUGAAAAAAUAAGGUUUAUGGGUUGAGAUGUUAUUGCAUUACUGAGAAAAUUAGGCUUUCCAGGUUAUGUCUGAAACAUGAUUAAUGGAAGGAUCUAUUUUAGGGAAUAAGUUUGAAGCAGAAAUAAGACUAGGGUUCUAGAUCAGCAUGACUUUAUCAGUGGCUGAUUUCAUAAGACAAGAGGUGCCGGACUGGGAUGAAGGGGUAGUGGCCAUGGCAAGAUUCAAGGCUUUCAGUGGUCAGAGAUCAGAUUGGGAAGCAAGAUUUCUAUUUUGGAGAGAACUCAUUAUCAAAGUAGCUCGACAUCUCGAUAUCAUUAUUAUCUCAGCUUCUGAGGUGGGCAAGUGGUUUGUUCAACGAGGUGUGACGCCAUUAUGUAUCGACCAUGUAUUGCUAGAAAUGUGUAACACAGGUGAUAUUGUGAGGAGCAGGGACCUAAAGGAUCCUUCCAGCAGUCAUCUCCAUCACAUGUUUAAACAAGUAAUGAACUUGGUGUCUACAUCCCUAUCAGGGCCUCAAAGUACUAUUGAAGAUCGCCUAAUUUUAGCGAGUCUAGUGCAGGAGAGAGCUUCUCAAGUUGUGGGGAUUUUAUCUGAAAGCCAUUGGACCUCCAGCUGUGUGAUAACUACGGCAAAAUUCCAGAGUCUUUGUAAAGGAAAUGAUGAAGCUGCUGCUGUCAUGAGUUAUUUGUCAGGGUGUGGAAGAGCACGGUACCUGUCAAUCAACAAAAAGGAUUGCAUUGAGGGUGUCAAAUUAUCUCUUGUCCCAGCUGUUGUUCCUGCUACUUCAAGCCUCGAUUAUGACACAUUACGAUUAGUGUGGACACUUGAAAGGCUUCAACACCAGCUUGAAGUGCUCAACCAACGUUAUGAGAAUGCAAGGAAAUCUGCACUAGCCUUAGUCAAGUCUGGAAGCAAACAAGCUGCAGUUGGUUACCUGCGGCACUCAAAGUCAAUCUCAGAAAGCAGAACGAAAUGUGUGUCAUUCAUCAAUAGGGUCGAUGAAGUUCUUGGACUCAUUGCUGAUGCUGAAUCCACGAAAAAGGUUAAUGAAGCCAUCCAGAUUGGAGCUCGUGCUAUAAAGGAAAAUGGUAUCAGCAUGGAAGAGGUUCAGAUAUGUCUCCAGGAGCUUAAUGAGGGGGCUUCCUCCCAAAAACAAAUAGACGAAGCUUUACAAUUACCUCCAUUUUCGUACUUGGAUAUGGAAGAUGAAGAAGUGGAGGAGGAAUUCAAGAGAUUGAAAGAAGAAAUUGGAGAAGUGAAAGUUCAUGAAACUGUUCCAAAGAAUGCGUCAAAAGCAGCGCAAGAGGAGACACAAGAAUUGGCACAAUCCUUGAGUAAAGGCUUGUCAAAGCUUACACUUGAGCCUGCUUAGUCUCCUUGAUCCUCUUCUUCUCUUCUUUUUUCUUUUGUGUGUCAAAAGUUGAAUAUGUAUUAUAUAUAGGAAAAGUAUGCACAAUGAGACCAUUUAUCUUUGAUAUAAGGUGGUCACAAUUAAUUUUGACCAUUAGAUGUAAAAUUGGGUGGCUGCAUUUGUAAGCAGGUGUUCUUGAUCUUCAUUAGCGUGAGAUUGUAAAACCUAUGCUUUCUUUGUUGUAUACUUGGCAGGGCAUUUUGUGCAUGAAAUAUCUGGUUGCUUUC